GGCAGCAAGCAGACUGAUGCGAACAAUGAAAAAAUUUCGAUAAGAACGAUUUCGGUAACACCAAUUCCGGUAGCAAAAACGAUAAGGAAUUUCCGAUACCGAUUCCAAUAUCGGUUAAACCGAUCCAGCGUUCGAUUAAACCAAUCCGACGUUCGAUUAAACCGGUCCGGCGUUCUGAAUUCCGGUCCGUUGCCAGUCUUACACCUCACUAUUGGCAUAACAAAAUCUUUUAUCUUAAAGUUGUCCACUUGCCCGUUCCCCUAACAAAUGCCUAGGAUUUGGGAAAGAAGAAUCUCAAUUGUCAAGACCAAUGCUACUGUAAUCAACGGCCAAUAGCCAAUUGCACAUUCCAGACAAUUACUAAAUUACCCAUGGGGUUCCCUCUAUUCUCUUCCCGCCUUUGGUUUCUGCUUGAUCCUUCCAGAAUAGAAGCGAAAAGCAAAACCACAAGUCGCCGAUUAACUGAUGUGCGGAAGAGCUCGGUGCACUCUCAGGCCCGAUGAUUUUCCAAGGGCUUGUCACCUCAAUGGUCGCCGCGUCCGUCACAUUGACAUGAACCGGUAUCAGCCGUCGUAUAAUGUGUCACCGGGGUUCAAUGUACCCGUGGUAAGGAGAGACGAUGAUCUGAACGAUGACGGCGCUGUUGUUCAUUGCAUGAAAUGGGGUCUUGUUCCCAGCUUUACUAAGAAAACUGAAAAGCCUGACCAUUACAAGAUGUUUAAUGCUCGGUCUGAGUCAAUAAAGGCGAAGGCUUCAUUUCGCCGCCUUGUCCCAAAGAAUAGGUGCCUGGUUGCUGUUGAAGGAUUUUAUGAGUGGAAAAAUGAUGGGUCAAAAAAGCAACCUUAUUACAUACAUUUUAAGGAUGGCCAGCCCCUGGUGUUUGCUGCCCUUUAUGACUCUUGGAAAAAUCCUAAAGGAGAGGUUCUUUACACAUUUACUAUAUUGACAACUUCGGUGUCCUCAUCUUUAGUAUGGCUCCAUGACAGGAUGCCUGUCAUUCUUGGAAACAAGGAUGCUGCUGAUAUGUGGUUGAGUGGUUCUCCAUCAUCCAACAUUGACACACUAUUGAAACCAUAUGAAGAGUCAGAUUUGGUUUGGUACCCUGUAACACCUGCAAUGGGUAAGGCUUCUUUUGGUGGACCAGAGUGCAUCAAAGAGCUCAAGGCUAAUGAGACCAGAUCAAUAGCACAAUUUUUCUCAAAGAAAGGAGACAAAGACGAACAAGGGCAGAAGUCUCAUAUCAAAGUUGCAGAGGAAGAGAUUUUGAGUACUGAUCAGACAGAGAGCUUGAAACAGGAACCUGAAUCAGACCAUGUGGGUCAUCUGUGUUCCCCAGUCAGACUGGAGAGUUUCACUUCUACUAGGGCCACUGACAUAAAAGUUGAGCAAGACUAUGAUGAGUCAGGUAGUAAACACUCAUCGACUUGGCAAACUGGAAAUCCACCUGAAAAUGUAGGUAUCCUUGCUAAUGAUAAUGUGAAAAGCUUGGAAGAGGUGGAGACUGAGGAUAUUAAACCAAACGUUUUUGCUCUGCCUUGGGAGGAAAGUGGGGAUUCUAAAACCAAGAGAGAUUAUGAGGAGUUCUCAGGAAAUGUAAUGCGGCUUGCCAAGAGGGUCAACAAGCACUUAAGCCCAUCAAAAAAGAAAGCUAAAGGUGCUGGUGACAAACAGCCAACCCUAUUUUCUUACUUUGGAAAAGGCUAGCGACAUGUAUGAUGUACUACAGUACUCAGACAAGGUGUCUUGCAGAUUUGUAUUGCCAAGAUUUUCUGUAAACCAAGCAAAAAAACCCUCGAAUUCCACUUAAGAAGUUUUGAAGGAACAGAAGUGCUGUUUAGUGUAUUCAGGUCAAUGGGAUUGUUUCAGUGGAACUUGAUUUUUAGAA